AUGAAAAUCGGAUAUUCACGACAUAAUAAAGUCCUUUCAAAGCUACAUGUGCAUACAGACAGAAUUCUAAGAUAUAUUACAAUUUCAAUCAACAAGGAGCCAGAGGAUCUGCGAAGAGAGGACAUAAUCUAUGCGAAAAAACUCAGGGAUAGCGCCUUUCAUCCCGAUAACGGCGAAUUUAUGCAUGUGAUAGGUAGAAUGUCCUUUCAGCUACCAAGUUCAGUCGCUCUCACCGCCGCUAUGUUGACUUUCUACAAAUCCGCUUAUGGUGUGAUAGCGUGUCAAUUGGUUAAUCAAGGUUUCAAUGCGUUUGUCAAUUACACUAAUCGAAAUGCGAUGAAUGAGGAUCCGCAAGAUACCAAUGUGAUCCAGGCAUUCAUACUCGCGACUGCAGCGAGUUGCGCGGCCGCUUUGGGAUUCAGGAAGCUGUACUCUGGCAGAGGAACCCUCUUUGCAAGAUUUGUUCCGUUCUGCGCGGUGGCUGCAGGCAAUAUAGUGAAUCUUCCCAUUAUGAGACAACGAGAAAUCAUGCAGGGUAUCCCUAUAUUUAUCAAGAACGAAAACGAAGUGUGCAUCAUGAAGUCGCAAGUGGCUGCCGUCAAGGGUAUCUCCGAAUGCAUUUUCACCAGGAUAAUAAUGGCCGCGCCAGGAAUGUUGAUGAUCCCAAUUAUCACGCAACGAAUGCAACCAUACUGUUUCUACCAGCUUCGUCCGUGGAUCGCUUUCCCUGUCGAAAUCGGCUUAUGCGCUCUCAGUCUGCUGAUCAUGAUUCCUUCGGCGCUUGCGAUCUUCCCGCAGAAAAACUCAAUGAAACCAGAAUUGUUAAAAAUAUAUCCGGAAGAAUACGAAAUAUUUCGAGAGAAAAUGGGCCAGCGCAAAUAUACGGAUUUUGUUUAUUAUAACAAAGGAUUAUAA